UAAAAAGUGUUGUAGAUUAUGAAUGUGUGUUCAUUAUUAAUUUUAAUUUUCAUGUGAUUCUUUUAACUCCUGCGUGUCGUAAAAUCUUUAAAUUCAAGUUAUUUAAAUAAAAGCUAUUUUUAAUUAAUAUAAUAACAUAAAUCACUAUCACAAUGAGUAAAAAACCGAACAACUUGAAAAAGAUUAAAUCAUUGUUUUAUUUAACAUUGGGAGGAUCCCUCUCAUACCAGCUUAUUUAUUUUAAAAAGGAUUUCAAUGGUUAUUAUGAUACUUUCCUGCGGCCCCUAAGUCAACUUCUCGAUCCAGAAUUGGCUCAUAAAAUCGGUGUUUCAGCUAUAAAAUACGGUAUUUUUCCACAAGAAUCUUUUCAGGAUCCAAACGUUUUAAAAACGAAAUUUCUCAAAUAUGAUCUUAGCAAUCCGAUUGGCAUAGCAGCUGGUUUUGAUAAACAUGGUGAUGCUGUCACAGGCCUUAGACGUUUGGGGUUCUCAAUAGUAGAAAUAGGAUCUGUUACUCCAGAACCACAGCCAGGCAAUCCAAAACCUAGAGUAUUCAGAUUACCUGAGGAUGAUGCUGUUAUUAAUAGAUAUGGGUUUAAUAGUGAAGGCCAUGACAGUGUAUUGCACAAAGUUAAAAACUUGGACAAAGCUUUGCUACAAAAUGGACUAUUAGGAAUUAACUUGGGGAAAAACAAAAAUUCCGAUGAUGCUGUUCAAGAUUACACUUUAGGGAUCAAUAAAUUUUAUGAAAUAGCUGACUACUUUGUGAUAAACAUAAGCAGUCCUAACACACCUGGUUUAAGAUCAUUACAAAGCAAAGAAGAGCUACAGAAACUUUUGACUGCAGUAAACAAAAUGUUAAACUCUUUACAAACAGUGACAAGACCACCACUUCUACUUAAACUUGCACCAGAUUUAAGUCUUGAAGAGAUCAAAGACAUUGUAACAGUAAUUACAAAAAAAGAAACUAAAGUAGAUGGUCUUAUUAUUGCUAAUACAACAAUAGACAGGUCAUCUCUUAAAAACCAAGUACAUGCUACCGAAACUGGGGGCCUCAGUGGAAGACCAUUAGCUAAUAAAUCUACCGACAUGAUUAAAACUGUUUACAAGCUAACAAAGGGCAGCAUCCCCAUAAUAGGAGUUGGUGGUGUGUUUUCCGGUCAAGAUGCUUAUGACAAAAUAUUAGCUGGUGCCAGUGCAGUGCAGAUAUACACUGCUCUUAUUUACCUUGGUCCACCCAUCAUUACCAAGAUAAAGACUGAACUUGCAGAAUUAUUAAUAAGAGAUGGCUAUAGUAGUGUUAGUGCAGCUGUUGGUAAAGGUUUGAAAUGAUGGACACUGUUAAUUUGCUGAAUAAAUUUAUUAUAAUGUAUAGUAACAUUUUAUAUAUUUGUUCAUUAAUGUUGUUAGAUUUUAUUUAUGCACACAAAUAUUAUACAAGUAUCAGUUA